UUGCGGGUGAUGUUUGCGAUGCCCCGGAGGCUGCGUUUGUCCCGUCACAGAAAGCUUGCAAACAGCCAACACGUGAUGCAAACAUUGCAGGAGAGCGGGGACAGGGAGGCGGGGAGGGAACAAGAACUUUGCUAAAGUCCGCACGCAGGCUGACAGCUCACUUUGGCUCCGGGAGCCGGCGUUCCCUGCAGGGUUUACAGAGGUCGCCGCUUGCUCUCUCGCCUUGCCCGGCCGCCCAGCUCCCCCGAUGGCUCUCUGUGGCAAAGUGGCGCUGGUGACCGGAGCGGCGCAGGGCAUCGGCAGGGCGUUCAUCGAGGCGCUCCUCCAGCAGGGAUGCAAGGUUGUUCUCCUCGACCUGAACCGUAGUGUCGGUGAGGCCUUUAAGGAGGAACUGGACAGAGAGUUUGAUUGUGCCAACAGUUUAUUCAUUGCCUGCGAUGUGGGCUCGGAGGAACAGUUGAAAUGUGCUUUUAAGAAAGCAAUUGAACACUAUGGAGGCUUGGAUAUACUGUGUAACAACGCCGGAAUAAACAAUGAAAACAACUGGGAAAAAACGGUCAACAUUAAUUUGACCGCUGUGAUACGAGGAACAUAUUUGGCUUUGGAGCAUAUGAACAAACUGAGUGGUGGGAAAGGAGGAAUUAUUGUGAACGUGGCCUCUUUAGCAGGUAUAUACCCAGCACCGCAUGGACCUGUGUACACUGCAACGAAGCACGGAGUAGUUGGUUUCACCAGGGCCAUAGCAGCAGCAUCAAAGAUGGCCGGCUACGGAGUCCGUGUAAACACCAUUUGUCCCGCCUUCGUGAACACGCCCCUGCUGAACUCCGUCAACAGCAAGGAAAUCAUGGGAAACUAUUACAUAUUCAAGGACACCGUCCAAAAGCUGAUCGACCACUACGGAAUAUUAGAGCCUUCGUUGAUUGUGCAGGGACUGUUGCAGAUAAUUCAAGAGGAAGAGAUGAACGGGGCGGUGAUGAGGAUAACCAAGACAAAGGGAAUCCACUUUGAGAGCUACGAGUCCACGCUGAUUCAGCCGCAGCUGAAAUAACCGGUUGCCAAGAAGUGCCAGGCCUUGCCACGAGUGCACUGUCUCUGCCUGUGAUCACAGCAGAGGAGACCAUGACGUGAAAGACUGUGCCACUGAUAGUACACACUUCGUCCCUGAACACCUUUUUUCUCGUCAUAGCUUUGUUUUAAAUUAUUUAUAACUUAAUUGCGUGUAUAAAAUCCCAGAUUGCUGAAUCAUUGUGGAUCCCUUCAACUGAUUGUGAUCUAAUCUAAUGAAGAGCAGCUUUAAAUUUUGGACGCUCUUUCUAUUGGAAAGGUGACCCGCGCUUUAUACGUUGUGGAGACCUCCAGAAACGCACGAACCUCAAGCUAAAUUACUGAACUAUCGUCCAAUUUCGCCUGCAUCAAAAUCAGAGUUUGUCAGGAUAGGAGCGUAUAAUGCCCAUGUCUCACUUAGGCGACUACAGGCGACAACAGGCGACUAGGCUGUCUGCACAUGGUCGCCGGGGUGUCGCUGUGCAAAAUGAGAAAGUGGUGGAAUUUAAGGAGAAGUGAGUUUUAUGUCCCAUUCAGUAUCUUCCUCGAGUGAGUGUAGUGAAGGACCUGUACACAUCUCCAUCUCAUCACAUUCAUGAGAGAUGGCUCACGUUACCAUAACCUCUGCCAUUAUAUUCAGGUUGAGUGCAGUGACAUUACAGUUAGGUUACUGAUCUUGUAUCCAGAGACGUGAGUUGUGGAUUUUCAAUCUCUCUGCAGGAGAUGGGAAGUUUAAAUUCACAUAAUUAAAUAAACCUGCAAUAAAAAGUGGCUGUCAGUAAUGGUGACCAAAACACAGACAGACUUAUUAAUAAUCUAAUAUAAUAAAUUUAUCCUGGUCUGUUCUUGCUUCCAGUUUCUCCCCUAUCUCCCCCCUAUAAUCAAUCUGAAGAGGGUCCCGACCCAAAACGUCACCUAUCCAUUUUCUCCAGAGAUGCUGCCUGACCCGUUGAGUUACUCCAGCAUUUGAGUUACUCUAUUUUUGUAAAACACCUAUCUGAUUUACUAUAUAAUAUAUAGGGGAGGAGAUCUGUUGGUGAUUCCACAUUAUGAUUGAUUGUCAACUGCCCUCAGAGGAAGCAUAGCAAGCCUCCUGGUCUGGUGGUCAGGCCACAAAUGCACAGCAAAACUCCAGGAAUGGACAACAUAUAUAAAGUUUAUGAAUAAGCUUAUUGGCCAAAUAUUCACAUGCAAGGAAUUUGCCUUGGUGCUCCGCCCGCAAGUGACGGCGUACAUGACGGAUAUCUGCCCGCAAGUGACGGACAUAAAGUACAGCGUAGCCCCAAAUUAGGGGAGCUCUAGCAGAGGAAAUUCAGUCUUACGGAAUCAACAAAACACCACCAAAAAUAUUACGAUACAGAAUUAACAAAUUGCUCUUACUGAAUUUAUAUCACGAAAAAAAUAACGAAAUAAACAGAAAUGAAAAAGAAACAA